GCGCUACUGAGGAAAGCUUCCGACCUCCAACUGCUCCAGCUCCAGCAAUAUCACAAACGUGCAUUCAGCCUCAUUACUCACGACUCAAGCGAUCUCUGCCUAGCCUCCCAUUACCUACACCUCGAGAAGAUCUCAACAUAACACGGUGUCACCAUAUAUAGCCUUUCGAUGGGAAAUUAACAAGGCUUUUUUCACUCUUGCGCCAACACGCGUCGCGAUCUCGUAUUUGACAACCUCGUCGCAAUGACACCCAAACGAAGUCUAUCGCCUGCCGAUGAGCAACAGCCUAACCCGAAACGCCCUCGCUUCGAAGACUUGGAAAGCGUCACGAUGCAGAUCGAGGAUGAAGAGUCUCGCUCGAUUGAAUCCUCGGUACCGAAUCCGCAUUAUCAAGCUAGAACGGGACUUCAGCGUUCGAUCGCAAUGGUUCUCAACCACGAUGGGUUUCAGGGAGCAAGCCCCGAGGCAAUGGAGAGCUUCACAGGGAUGGUAGAGACGUAUCUGGAGGGCAUGAUUGAAGCUGCCAAAACCCUCGCACUGGCUGCUCGUCGCGAGCAUCCUAUCCCGACCGACUUUGAGCAUGCGCUACGACGGCACAAUGUUAGCGUCUCCUCGCUGAAACCGCACCUGAAGCCUCCUGUCUCAAAGACGCAACUGUUUCCUGGCUAUGUUGAUGUACUACCCGAGGACCUCGAUGCAUACACGACGCUACCACUUCUGGGUGAAGAGCUCAGUGGACAACCAGACAAAGACGAGAAAGAAUAUGUUCCUUCUUCUUUCCCCAACUUUCCCAGCAAACACACGUACAAGUUCACUCCUCAGGAGGAUACUAGCAUUCGUGACUCGAAGAAAAUACGAGAGGAAGCCGCAAGGACGGCCCAGCAGGGCGAGGAUGCUCUUAGACGACUAGUCCGUGCAUCCAAAAUGCGUAAGCAGAAGGAGGUCAAGAAUUUAGUGGAGCGUGAUGCACAUGGCAAAGAACGAUUUCGUCUAUGGGAAUCCACGAUGAAGAGGUUUAUGGCAACUGAGGGUAGAGGGGAGAAUACCGAUCAAAUGGAGAUCGCCGACCACAGCAUGAUCGUCAAUGGCGAGGCGUUGUUCUCGCGUAAGGAGGUUCCCAAGGCUGGUAAACGAACAGCUGCCUUGGCCAAAAAGGCGUGUUUGAAGCCACAUAGUUACUGUGUCGUUUGCGGCAGCCACACCUACGCCACGUCUGGCUUGGAUAACGCCACACUGCUCAGAAAAUUCAGAAACCUGACCAAGUUGGGCAGGUACGAUUCGCAACCGCCUUCCCUUCCGACUCGGCCUAGGUUUUGCAGAGCAGCCUUUGAUUUCUCUUUCUUCCUCAAGCACCUUGAUCCUCUGCAUCGCCUCGUCACCGCAAACAUGGCCGAACAAUUGAUCCUGAAGGGCACUCUCGAGGGCCACAAUGGCUGGGUCACCAGUCUGGCUACCUCCAUGGAGAACCCCAACAUGCUCCUGUCUGCCUCCCGAGACAAGACCCUGAUCAUCUGGAACCUCACUCGCGAUGAGACCCAGUACGGCUACCCCAAGCGAUCCCUCCACGGCCACUCUCACAUCGUCUCCGACUGUGUUAUCUCCUCUGACGGUGCCUACGCUCUGUCUGCCUCUUGGGACAAGACUCUGCGUCUCUGGGAGCUCGCCAGCGGUACUACCACUCGACGAUUCGUCGGCCACACCAACGACGUCCUUUCCGUCAGCUUCUCUGCCGACAACCGCCAGAUCGUCUCCGGUUCUCGCGACCGAACCAUCAAGCUCUGGAACACUCUCGGUGACUGCAAGUACACCAUCACCGAGAAGGGCCACACCGAGUGGGCUUCUUGCGUCCGUUUCAGCCCCAACCCCCAGAACCCUGUCAUUGUCUCCGCCGGCUGGGACAAGCUCGUCAAGGUUUGGGAGCUCUCCACCUGCAAGCUCCAGACUGACCACAUCGGUCACACCGGCUACAUCAACACUGUCACCAUCUCCCCCGACGGUUCUCUGUGCGCCUCUGGUGGCAAGGACGGUACCACCAUGCUCUGGGAUCUUAACGAGUCCAAGCACCUUUACUCUCUCAACGCCAACGACGAGAUCCACGCCCUUGUCUUCUCCCCCAACAGAUACUGGCUGUGCGCUGCCACCGCCAGCAGCAUCAUCAUCUUCGACCUCGAGAAGAAGAGCAAGGUUGAUGAGCUCAAGCCUGAGUUCCCCGCUGUCGGCAAGAAGAGCCGAGAGCCUGAGUGUGUCAGCUUGGCUUGGUCUGCUGAUGGCCAGACUCUGUUCGCUGGCUACACUGACAACAUCAUCCGUGCCUGGGGUGUCAUGUCGAGGGCAUAAAUUGCUCUACCCUAAAAAAGAGGCGUGGUGACGAAGGCGAGCGGAAGAAGGUAGAUCAUUGGUAGGGCGUCAAAUGGUUGGCUUCCUCGUUUGGUCUUUAUUGAUGCAAAGGAAGGGGGGCGACUACAAAUCUGACGAGGGCAUAACGCAUUUGAUGGUUAUAGGCAGCCCCUGAAAUUACCGGGAUUCAUCCUUUUGUUCUCCAAUAAAGAACUCGAGUUUUCAA